AACACAACACAACACAACACAACACAAACACACUGAAGUCUUUGAAUCUCCUUCCACCACCCCAUGAUCCAUUUCAUCAUCAAGACUUGAUUUUGAAGACUUCACCUCUCUCCCCUCACCAUUUCCUGAAAUGGGUUCCAGUUUUCUUCCCCUUCUUCUUCCCUCACCAUAGAUCCCCAAUCGAUCUCAAUUUUUCUGAGUUAACAGAGCUUCAUGGCCUUCUCAUCGAGGCGUGGAGCAAACUGGAACCAAUCGAUCCUCCCAUCAUCAAAUCCCAAAUCCAAGACACCCAGAAAGCCAAGGAGACGAACCGUGCUCAAAGAUUUCAUCUCUGCCAAUUUCUUCGCCAUUGGCCUAUUGCUCUCGCUCUUGUUGUUCCUCCUUAUUCUCUUCCGAUUCGGGGUUCCGAAACCAAUCACGCACUUCAGGACCCGUUCUUCUCGAUACAGAAAACCCCUUUCCAGGAAACCCUUUGUUUCUGGUGAUAGUGGCAACAGCACCCUUUUGGGUGCCACUGUUGAUAUCACCACUAAGGGGUUGUAUGAUAAGAUUGAAUUUUUGGAUGUGGAUGGUGGUGCUUGGAAGCAGGGUUGGAGUGUUACUUAUAGAGGGAAUGAGUGGGAUACUGAGAAGUUGAAGGUGUUUGUUGUGCCACACUCACAUAAUGAUCCUGGUUGGAAGCUCACUGUUGAUGAAUACUAUGAUAGGCAAUCUCGCCAUAUACUUGAUACCAUUGUUGAAACACUAAACAAGGACCCUCGCCGAAAGUUCAUAUGGGAAGAGAUGUCAUACUUAGAGAGAUGGUGGAGGGAUAUCAGUACCACAGAUGUCAUGAAGGAAUCGUUUAUCAAUUUGGUAAAAAAUGGGCAGUUAGAAAUUGUUGGAGGCGGCUGGGUGAUGAAUGAUGAGGCCAAUUCCCAUUAUUAUGCUAUAAUUGAACAGAUGGCGGAAGGAAACAUGUGGUUGAAUGACACCAUUGGGUUCGUUCCUAGAAAUUCUUGGGCCAUAGAUCCAUUUGGUUACUCAUCUACCAUGGCAUAUCUUUUGCGUCGCAUGGGUUUUGACAACAUGCUAAUCCAGAGGACCCAUUAUGAGCUGAAGAAGGAACUUGCGUGGCAUAAGAAUUUAGAAUACAUAUGGCGUCAAAGCUGGGAUGCAGAGGAAACUACUGAUAUAUUUGUCCAUAUGAUGCCCUUUUAUUCGUAUGAUAUACCUCAUACAUGUGGCCCAGAACCUGCUAUUUGUUGUCAGUUUGACUUUGCGCGCAUGCAGGGUUUUGUUUAUGAACAAUGCCCAUGGGGACAAUAUCCUGAGGAGACUACUCAGGAAAAUGUUCAGGAAAGGGCACUUAAAUUAUUGGAUCAAUACAGGAAAAAAUCUACUCUGUACCGAACAAAUACUCUUCUUGUUCCCCUUGGAGAUGAUUUUCGCUACAUUAAUGUUGAAGAAGCCGAAGCCCAGUUUAGAAAUUACCAAACAUUGUUUGAUUAUAUCAAUUCAAACCCCAGUUUGAAUACAGAGGCCAAGUUUGGUACUUUGGAAGACUACUUUCAAACCCUGCGUGAGGAAGCAGAAAGAAUUAAUUACACGUCUCCUGGUCAAAUAGGAUCUGGUCUAGUUGAAGGUUUUCCUUCCCUUUCUGGUGACUUUUUUACUUAUGCUGAUCGGCAACAAGAUUACUGGAGUGGUUAUUAUGUUUCACGGCCCUUCUUCAAGGCUGUUGACAGGGUACUUGAGCAGACACUUCGUGCUACAGAAAUGAUGGUAGCUCUAAUACUUGGGUGCUGUCGGAGAUCACAUUGUGAGAAGCUUUCAAUGUCGUUUUCCUUUAAGUUGACUGCUGCCCGAAGGAACUUGGCGCUUUUUCAGCAUCACGAUGGGGUAACUGGUACUGCAAAAGAUCAUGUGGUUAUGGACUAUGGAACCCGAAUGCAUACUUCAUUACAGGACUUGCAGAUUUUUAUGUCAAAGGCUAUUGAGGCACUCCUUGGGAUCCGCUAUGACAAGUUAGAUCAAAGUCCUUCCCAGUACGAGCCAGCAAUAGUGAGAUCUAAAUAUGAUGCUCAGCCAUUGCAUAAAGUGAUCAGUGUUCGUGACGGUACUUACCAAUCAGUGGUCUUUUUUAAUCCUUUGGAGCAAACUAGAGAAGAAGUUGUGAUGGUUGUUGUCGACAGUCCUGACAUUACUGUUGUUGACUCUAACUGGAGUUGUGUUCAAAGCCAAAUUUUUCCUGAGUUGCAGUAUCAUAGUAGCAAGAUCUUUACUGGGAAGCACCGGCUUUACUGGAAAGUUUCCAUUCCUGCAAUGGGGUUGGAACCAUAUUAUAUCACCAAUGGUUUUGUUGGUUGUGAAAAGGCCAAGCCUGCGAAGUUGAAAAUUUUCUCUAAAUCUAGUUCAGUUGGCUGUCCUACACCGUAUUCUUGUGCAAAAAUAGAAGCUGAUGUGGCUGAAAUCGAGAAUCAGCAUCAGAAGCUAGCUUUCGAUGUAAGUUAUGGUUUGCUGCAGAAGAUAACCUUAAAAGAUAGUUCUCCAACUAUUCUAAAUGAGGAAAUUGGUAUGUAUUCUAGUUCAGGUAGUGGGGCAUACUUGUUUAAGCCCAGUGGUGAUGCCCAGCCUGUAGUUGAAGGAGGUGGGCAGAUGCUGAUCUUGGAGGGUCCUUUGAUGCAGGAAGUAUAUUCUUAUCCAAGAACAGCUUGGGAGAAAUCCCCGAUUUCUCAUAGCACCCGUAUAUAUAACGGUGAAACCACAGUUCAAGGGUUUGUCGUUGAAAAGGAAUAUCAUGUGGAGCUUCUUGACCAUGAUUUCAAUGAUAAGGAGUUGAUAGUUAGAUAUCAAACUGAUAUUGAUAACAGAAAGGUUUUUUAUUCUGAUUUAAAUGGAUUUCAGAUGAGCCGUAGGGAAACUUAUGAUAAGAUUCCUCUGCAAGGCAAUUACUACCCAAUGCCCUCACUUGCAUUCUUACAAGGAUCCGAUGGCCGGCGCUUUUCUGUCCACUCCCGGCAAUCAUUGGGUGUGGCGAGCCUUAAAAAUGGAUGGCUGGAGAUCAUGCUUGACCGGCGUUUGGUGAGAGAUGACGGUCGGGGUCUGGGCCAGGGAGUGAUGGAUAACCGUGUGAUGAAUGUUGUCUUCCACUUAACAGUGGAAUCCAAUAUUUCCGCGACAUCAAAUUUGGUUUCGAGCUCUUCCCCUCAUAGCCCUUCUCUUUUAUCUCACCGUGUUGGUUCUCACUUGAACUAUCCAUUACACGCAUUCCUUUCCAAGAAGCUGCAGGAUUUGUCUGUGAAGCCACCACCUAGAUCCUUUUCUCCCCUUGCUGCUCCCUUACCCUGUGAUUUGCACAUAGUGAACUUUAAGGUUCCCAAGCCUUCGAAAUUUUUGCUGCAACCACCCGAAGGCCCAAGAUUUGGACUGAUUUUACACAGGAAACAUUGGGAUUCUUCAUACUGUCGGAAGGGAAGAUCACAGUGCAGUAAUCUGGCGGACAAUCCGGUGAAUCUGUUUGGCAUGUUCAAGGAUCUUACAGUCUUGAAGGCUAAAGCAACAUCGUUGAAUCUUUUGCAUGAAGACCCAGAAGCAAUGGGGUUCACAGAGCAGUUUGGAGAUGCUGCACAAGAGGGGCCUGUUGCCAUAUCUCCAAUGGAAAUACAGGCCUACAAGUUGGAGUUGCGGCCGCAAUAAUAAAGUACUCAUCAUCGAAUCAUCACUGCUGAUUUAAGCUGAACUACAGGGAAACAAGUUUUGUUCACUGCCCCAUUAAUGGUAGGGAUGGAUUAUUCUUGGACUGCUUUCUCAUAUGAACACUUGAAUUUAAGGUGAUGCAGGUAAGAGAAGAGAAUGUGAGGAAAUGUCCAUGCGAAAGAGGUGUUACCUUGGUUGAGGAAAUGUGACACGGGACUUUUGUAGAUUGCUGUUAAAAAGAAACAUGGAUGAGAUUGUAGCAUCUGCGGCUCCAUGUUUGUUUAGUAUGAUGCUGUAGCAUUUGUUUCAGUUUUCCUGGACUAUAGUUAAAAAAGUUUUGCUUGAUUGACUUACAUGUUAUGUUGUGUAAACAUGUCUCUUAGAGACUAGAGAUUCCAUGUACAGAUUUAAUACGUCUAUUUGUGUAACGGAGUGUAUUCUUCUUUGGAUUUGAGCUCAACAAUUUGCAAAAAUAAGGUUUACCAUUCUUCACAA